GAGGCGGGCGCGGGGAAGGGAGGGGGGGGGAGAGAAGGGAGAGAAACGUCUUCUCCUCAGCGGUGGGCGCCGGGCCGGGUUAGGCCGUACUGCAUCGCAGCCUCUCGCCUUGCUUCGUCCAGGCCUCGUAAAGCUCAGCCCAGCCCCGCCAUGAGCUGCCGGCAACCGCUGCCGAGCGAACGGGGAGCGAGACAGAGGAAGAGGAGACGGAAUGGCAAUGAAGAUGAUGGUCAUGUUCCCCAGACAAAACGUAGUACCAGGAAUACUGUCCUUCAGGACUCCUGGGACACUGAGGUUAAACACCUCUUCGUUUGUAGAGUAGUUAAUGGCUAAACGAGCUUGGCGGGAGGAGGAAGAAUUUAGUGUGGAACAAGGGAUUGAAGUAGGAGUAAUGAAAUUAAGAAUAUCAGGAAAAACCUUAAUGAAGGUGGCUGUAACGAAAAACAGUAAGGAACACAGACUAAAAGGAAACAAAGUGUCCUGUGCGUCCUCCAGCAGCGAUAGCGGCAGCAGCAGCAGCAGCAGCUGUAGUAGCAGUAGCAUCAACAGCCCUGACAGAGCGUGCGGUGCAGAAACCAGCCUAAACCCGAUAAUUGCAGGAUCCAGUCCUGUCUCCUCUCAGUCCUUCCAUGAGCAGUCUGCACUAAGCCAAGGUCCUUACUUCCACAUCAACCAGAUCCUGAAGGAGGCACACUUUCACAGCUUACAGAGCCGGGGACGCCUUCCUACAUGAUGAACCAGCAGUUCCCUGCCUUCUGUGAAGGGACAGCACUGUGUAGAUUUGAUAUUUCAACUUAAAAGUUUGUUAAAAUGGAAUUGCACAAAACGCCUGUUGCCUUUUCAGUCUAUAUUUGAAAUAACAGGUUAACAGGAAAUUGUUUACUUGUGGUUUGCUGCACUAUUGCAAUGCAAAAGGGGCUUUGAAGCAAUUUUUAUAGGAUUCUUUUUGGGGUGGUUAUAAAGUACGUGUCAAGAGGAGACUGAGGAAUCCACAUCUGUGUUAUAGGAUUGCAAAAUGUCCAAUUCCAAUCAACUGCCUAAUCUGUUUGUUAGCAAUUUGUUGCUUUAUGUAAAGUUCUCAAAACGUUCAUCUUCAGUUUUAUAAGUCUUUUUUAAUUUCAAUAAACUAGUAAAAAAUUUA